CGACUGUCGCUCCUGGUGCGGUUAGAAGACGAUUUUCCGUGCGCUGCCGAGGUUUGAGCGGGGUUUGGUUUCGCUGAGUGAGCAGACUCUGACACCGCAGCGUAGGGCAAGACGGGUGAGUCAAUACAUAAGCCAAGUUUUUCGCGCCAGUCCAGAAACUCUCCCCUCUUCCAGUUCGACCCUAGCCGUGAACUUAUGCUGGUCACCCUUAGGCUCUUGACUGACUCACAGCUGCAUCGAACUCUCAUCAGUCUCUCCACUGAGUGACCGCAAACAGCAUGGCGAUUUUCGGGGAGAAGGGCCGAGCAUCAGACUCCGAUGGCUAUCCAGACCCCAAGGUCGGCGACUACCCAACCGGCAAUGGCUACGACGAAGACCUUCCCGUGCAAUGUCCCGCGCAUACGACGGAGCGGAAACUGGUGGCGCGCAUCGACAUGCGUGUGAUCCCAUGCCUCUGCGUCAUGUACCUCCUGGCCUUCCUCGACCGCGUCAACAUAGCCAAUGCCAACGUCUAUGGCCUUUCCACCGAGUUGAAACUCAAGGGCAACCAAUACAACACCGCUCUCGUUAUUUUCUUCGUCCCAUAUAUCUUAUUCGAGAUUCCGAGCAAUAUCCUGCUAAAGCGCUUCAAACCGCAUAUUUGGCUUCCCAUCAAUAUGUUCAUGUUCGGCUUCUGCUCGAUCAUGCAGGGCGUUGUGAAGAAUUACAGCAGUCUCCUGGCUGUGCGUUUCUUCCUUGGUUUGUUUGAGACGGGAAUGUUUCCCGGCGCCUUCUAUCUCAUAGGUAUGUGGUACCGCCGACACGAAGCGCAGAAGCGGUAUUCGUUUUUCUUCAGCAGCACAACGCUUGCGGGUGCGUUUGGUGGUCUUCUGGCCGCAGCCAUCGGCAAGAUGAAAGGCGUAGGCGGAUACGCUGGUUGGCGAUGGAUUUUCAUCCUCGAGGGGUUGUUGACCGUCGUCGUGGCGGUUGCCUUCUUCUUCUGCAUUCCUAGCUUUCCCGAGCAGGCCAAGUGGCUCCGAGAAGACGAAAAGGCCUAUAUUGCGGCUCGGCUGCGCGCUGAUCAAGGCCGAUCUGCUGUCGAGCGGCAAAUCACGCUCAAGGACGUCGGUAACGUCUUCAAAGACUACAAGGUUAUUGUUGCUGGCUUCAUGUAUUUCGGUCUGAUUGUACCGGCAUACGGCUAUGCCUACUUCGCUCCCGGAAUCAUCAAGACGUACGGCUACGGCGCCAUCGAGACGCAACUGCACUCCGUGCCUCCUUGGGCCGCCGCUUUCGCAAUGGCCAUGCUCACCGCCACGCUCUCGGACGCGACUAAAAUCCGCUUUCCCUUCGCAGUGUUCAACAUUUGCGUAGCCAUCACCGGCUUCGGCAUCCUCAUCGCCGUGCACCACAACAAGCACUUGCAGUAUGCCGCGCUUUUCCUGGUCGCCAUGGGGGCCUACAGCGCCAUGCCCAUCAUCGUCUGUUGGUUCAACAUGAAUCUCGGCGGCCAUCACCGGCGCGCCGUCGGAGCAGCAUGGCAAGUCGGUUUCGGCAACAUCGGCGGCAUUAUAGCCGUCUUUGCUUUCCUGGCCAAGGACGCGCCAAAGUAUGUGACGGGCUACAGCAUCUGUCUUGCAUUCACCGCCUUGAGCAUUCUGGCCUGUUGUGUCUACGGCAUUGCGUGUUGGUCGGCUAACCGGAGGAGGGAUAAGAUGCCGGCUGACCUGGGCUUGACGGAAUAUGAGAAGACGGAGAUGGGAGAUAUGAAUCCGAGCUAUAGGUAUCUGUUGUGAAAUUGCCGAUGAGUACUAUAAGAUAGUAAAGGUGGCGGAGCCGAAGCAAAAGCUUUUUGAAUUUCUGAAGCUCUGCGCUACCCCUACCACCCGCUAUGUUCCCGCUCGAAGCGCCGUGAAUUUGCGAUAUGUUGCGUUGAUCCACUUGUAUGUGGUCCUUUGCUACAGCUUCUGCUCCUUCUUCGGCGGAUUCUGCACAAAGUCGAUACCCUUCUCAAUGUUGCCCUUGAGGUCGGAGCAGCACUUCUCG